GGUGUCCUAAACGGGAAGACAUUUCCAUUUUGCUCAGGCUAACGACGACACAUCAAACGCCUCUCGUUCCAACAUUUCAUCAUGACUUUAUUCAGCAUUGAAAACCUUGCCCAGAGUGACAGUAAGCCUCAACGUUACAGCCCCGAGAUACGAUACCAUCCUAAGAUGAAGGUUCUCGUUCAGCAAGAAGAACAGACUGGUGAAAGACCAUCUAGCACUGAAAGCAGCAUUGAAGCUCUGAGUCCAUCAGACAACGCCAGCUCAGGAGCUUCAUCAAUCUGUGAUAGCCCGCCAUCAACGAAGAAACCUCCUCAUUCAUACAUUGCCCUGAUUGCUAUGGCUAUCAUCAACUCACAAGACAAGCACCUUUUGCUCUGUGACAUCUAUGAAUACAUCAUGAAACGCUUCCCGUUCUUCAAAGAUAACGAAAGGAGCUGGAGGAACAGUAUUCGUCACAAUCUCUCCCUCAACGAGUGCUUCAUCAAGGCUGGACGUAGCGGAGACGGCAGAGGACAUUUCUGGGCAAUCCAUCCCGCUAACCUUGAAGACUUCGCCCGUGGUGAUUACAGGAGACGGCAAGCUCGUCGCCGAGCACGAUCAGUCAGUUAUUCUCCCUACGCCUACCCGUCAGCCAUCCCGAGCCCUAUCCACCCCGGCUACAUCCCGAUGACGUAUGCUCAUUAUCCUGAUAUGAUCUCCAAGUCACAGCUAGCCAUGCUACCCGGGAUGCAUCCAAUCCCCUUGAAUACAACACCAUAUCACCCAGCCAGUGCUGCCUUUUUCACCCCACCUACUAUUCCAUCAAGUCAUCCGUACUGUUUUCCUGCUGCAGUUCCUGCGACAUAUCGACCUGAUGUUGCUGAGAAGAUACCCCUCACUAUCCCGAGCUCAGCAUACUCCAAUCCGAUGACAUCUACCCUGAGUUCAUCUACUACCACCAGCGAUGCAGCCGGGUACCGCAUCGCUCAUCGUGUCAAUCCUACUUUCCUGUGUCCUCCUUACUCCAAGCCAUCAUCACCGCCAUCCAUGAUACCCUCUUCAUCUCCGGCCUGGUCUUCAGUAGGAUCAUGCUAGCCAAGUGAAUGAUGACGACAAACUCUUGAACUUUGACAAUCAAAGAGGCAUGUGCACUCUUCAUUGAGACUAUCCGUUCAAAUCAUUCACUACUGUUUAUUGCUGAUGUUUCAAAAAUAUCUCGUAAAUAUCUCAUGUCAUACAUAUGUAUUUUCUAUAUUCGUUUAUUUUUCGUAAUGUUGUACGACAACUGCGUUUUCUGAAAAACAAGAUUCUCAACAAACAAA